AUGGGCGUCACCAAACUAGCCCGAGCCCAUGGGGUCCACCGGCGGCCAGUCAUACACAAGGUAGAUUUGGAUGGGAUCUCCAAGGUCAGGGUGAACACCAUUUCCAAGUGGGGACCCCUGCCUGGCUCAGCAGCCACCAGGAAUGAGACGCACCCAAUCAAGUACCCAGCCCUGCACCUAGAGAACCGUCAGAUUGCCAGCAGACACAGGAUCCGGCCACUGUGUGGGGACUAUAAAUCUGAUAUCUGCGUCUACGGUACUGGUGCUAAAGCUCCUCAGAAACCAAAGAAAGUGCUGAUCGUGUUUGCUCACCAGAGCUCUGGAUCAUUCAAUGCUGCAGCUAAAAAUGCUGCUGUAGAGGUCCUGACUGCUCAGGGCUGCACAGUGGAAGUCUCUGAACUGUAUGCCAUGAGUUUUAAAGCCACUGCUACAGCUGAGGACAUCAAAGGGGAUGUGAAGAAUGCUGAGAACUUCUGUUAUUUGGAGGAGUCUAAACUUGCAUGGGAGCAGGGAAAACUGUCAGAUGACAUCACAAAGGAGCAAACUAAGCUCACUGAGGCAGACCUCAUCAUUUUUCAGUUCCCCAUGUACUGGUUCAGUGUUCCUGCCAUCCUGAAAGGCUGGAUUGACCGUGUUCUCACCAAUGGCUUUGCCUUCUCUAAAGAGAAGCGCUACAGCCAGGGAAUCUUCAAGGACAAGAAAGCCAUGCUGUCCUUCACCACUGGAUCUCUAGAAUCCAUGUUCAGCCCAACUGGCAUUAACGGAGACAUGAAUGUUACACUGUGGCCACUGCAGAACGGCAUCCUGCACUACUGUGGCUUCCAGGUUCUGGCCCCUCAGAUCUUCUGGGCUCCUUCUUCUGCUGCAGCUGAAGAUCGCAAGAGCAUGCUGGAUAGCUGGCGCACACGACUGCAAGGACUUCUGGAGGAAAAGCCUCUGUCCUUCAUUCCCUUGGACUGCUUUGAUGAGAAGGCUUUCCAGUUGAAGCCCGAUGUCCAUGAGAAGCAUUCCAGCCAGGAGUUUGGGCUGACUGUGGGCAUCCACCUGAACAAACCACUGCCCCCUCACAGCCAGAUGAAGGCUGGAUGCUGAUCUGUCAUUCCACUUGUAUA